AGCUCAAACCUCCUCUUGCGCAGCGAAAGUCGCGUCCGUGUGCAGCCGCCGAGCGAAAAACAACACAAAGCCUGAACUUCCAGAAGCGCCUGAACUCCGAAAACUACAACCUACAGCCUGCACUUCACACGGAGCGACGCUAAAAGGCGGCUCGAAAGCUCUUCCUUCUUCUUUCCGAACUACGCAGACGUAAAACUCCACAGCAACCAUGUUUGAGGCUCGCCUGGUCCAGGGCUCCAUCCUGAAGAAGGUUCUGGAGGCGCUGAAGGAUCUGAUCACGGAGGCCUGCUGGGACGUCAGCUCGUCCGGCAUCUCGCUGCAGAGCAUGGACUCGUCUCACGUCUCGCUGGUCCAGCUCACCCUGCGGCACGACGGCUUCGACUCGUACCGCUGCGACAGAAACCUCGCCAUGGGAGUGAACCUGAGCAGUAUGUCAAAAAUCCUGAAGUGUGCAGGAAACGAGGACAUCAUCACCCUCAGAGCAGAAGACAACGCCGACACACUCGCUCUUGUUUUUGAGACAGUCAACCAGGAGAAAGUCUCUGACUACGAGAUGAAGCUGAUGGAUCUGGACGUGGAGCAGCUCGGUAUUCCAGAGCAGGAGUACAGCUGCGUGGUGAAGAUGCCCUCCGGGGAGUUCGCUCGCAUCUGCCGCGACCUGUCUCAGAUCGGCGACGCCGUCAUGAUCUCCUGCGCCAAGGACGGAGUCAAGUUCUCCGCCUCGGGGGAGCUGGGAACCGGAAACAUCAAGCUGUCCCAGACCAGCAACGUAGACAAAGAGGAAGAGGCUGUAACCAUUGAGAUGAACGAGCCCGUCCAGCUGAUCUUCGCCCUCAACUAUCUGAACUUCUUCACUAAGGCCACGCCGCUGUCCAAGACGGUCACCCUCAGCAUGUCGGCCGACAUCCCCCUCGUGGUGGAGUACAAGAUUGCCGACAUGGGACACGUCAAAUACUACUUGGCGCCGAAGAUCGACGAGGAGGCUUCCUAAGCAGUUUCUAACAGACCAAAAAGGGGAGAAUGGAGAAAGACGGACGACUGGUACUCAUCCUGAGUGACUGAGGGACUGAAAUGAUCUCGUGGUGGUCGACGUUCAUGACGACGGUCACAUGAGAUGUUGACAGCUGUGGCGUUAACGGCCAGCCGGUGUCAUCUACACGAUGUGAUGAAGCUUCAGAGGCGUUCAGAGCCACUGGCUUCGCUCCACACUCCCCCCAGUGGACAUUUUAGCACUUGCUCACUCUACCUUUGGGUCUCUUUCUCUAUUUUUGCCUGUUUUGGGGAAAACAGAUUUCAAAUAUCCCAUCCUUUUUUUUUCUUUUUGUUUUUUUUUGUAGAUAAUGCAUUUGUAAAUACUUCCUGUGGUUUCUCGCUGUCACUCACUGCCCCCAAUGGUUUUUGUAUUCAAUGAUUCAGUCCAAAAUAAAUGAUUCAAAUUGUU